AUGUGGCUGUCGCCGGGUAAGCUUAUUUCUUCAUCUACUUUCCUCAAACAAGUGAGGCCGAGACGAUGCUACGCUGCUCCUGCGCUUUUCCGGCGGAGUCCGACCGGGUCAGAACCGGUUUUGGAGGAACCAGCAACAGUUGAUGCUCAUCAACAAACAGACGAUUUGGGUAGUUCGGUGGAGCUGGACUGCAGCCGAGUUCGCCAUCGUUUGCAUGUUAUGAGGAAGGAGCCUUUCCUUGCACUUUCUUUCUUCCAUCAACUGAAACGAGGCGGGUUUGUUCAUGAUGUGUAUACUUAUGCUGCUAUGAUUAGGAUAUUGUGUUUCUGGAAUUUGGAUAGGAAAUUGAAUUCCAUGCUUUCUGAACUCGUCAACAACGAGAGGGAGCGGGAUUUCGCUGUUUCGGGUUUGCUGGAAGCUUUGUCUGAUGGUUGUGAUGUUGAUUGUGCCAAGGUUGUUUCGAAAGUGUCGGAUGUCCUGGUUAAACUUCAUGCAGUGGUUGCAAUGUUUGAUGAGGCAAUCGAUGUUCUUUUCUGUGUUAACCAGUUAGGGUUUAAGCCGAGCAUUUUGACGUGUAAUUAUCUCAUGAACCGGUUGAUUGAGUCUGGGGAGGUUGAUGCAGCUGUGGCCAUUUAUAUGCAGUUGGAUUGCUUUGGAUUGCAUCCUAACGAAUAUACUUGCUCGAUUGCGGUUAAGGCAUUCUGUAGAAAAGGUUGCUUGGACCAGGCAUUGUCUGUUUUCCAGACAAUGGAAGAUCUUGGGAUGGCUCCAAAUGCGUUUGCCUACUCAACUUAUAUUGAAGGGUUGUGUACUCAUAACAGCCCGGAUUCGGGCUAUAAAGCGCUUCAACUUCUGGUCGAAGCUAAGCUUCCAGUUGAUGAGUUUGCUUAUGCAGUUGUGAUUCGAGGGUUCUGUAAGCAGAUGAAACUUAAAGAGGCUGUGGAUGUACUAGUUGAGAUGAAAAGGCAGGGGUUUGCUCCCAAUGUGUAUGCUUAUGGUGCUAUUAUUUGUGGGUUAUGCAGGGAUGGGAAUGUACUUGAUGCCGUAUCUCUUCAUGAUGACAUGUUGUCAGAAGGUGUGAAAACAAAUUGUAUGAUAGUCACCUCAAUUCUUCAGGGCUGGUCUCAAGCAGGCAAGGGUUCUAACCUUCUAAGUUUUUUCGAGACAUGUAAGAGGAUGGGUAUUUACCUUGACAAGGUUUGCUACAAUAUAGUGAUGAAUGCCUGCUGCAAGUUAGGCAACAUGGAUGCGGCCAUUGAAUUGCUUGCCGAGAUGAAAGAUAAGCAUCUUGUUCCUGACAUUGUUAACUAUACAACUGUCAUUGGUGGUUAUUUGGAUGAAGGAAAACCUUAUGAGGCCCUAAACAUAUUCAAAGGGAUGAAGGAAAAUGGGGUUAUCCCUGAUAUUGUCACGUAUAAUGUAAUCGCUUCUGGUUUCUCUAGAUUAGGUCUGACACAAGAAGUCAACAAUUUGUUACAGUACAUGGAAGACCAUGAUAUUAAACCUAACAAUGACACAUACAGUGUCAUCAUUGAAGGGCUAUGCACUGGAGGCAACUUGGAGGAUGCUGAAGCUUUAUUUUCUUACUUGAAAGACCAGAAUUUGGAUAUCGUUAAUGCCAUGGUUAACGGAUAUUGCUCAGCACGAAACUUAGAGAAAGCUUUUGAACUAUUCAUUUCUCUGACUGAAAAAGGAUAUACACUGAAGAAACGUUCUUGCUUGAAACUGCUUUCCAGUAUGGAACACGAUGUUGAGAAAUCUAUUCAGUUGGUUCAGACAGUGUUAGCUCUAGGUGCUGAAUAUUCUAACAUUAUGUGCAGCAAAGCUAUAGGGAUGCUUUCUCGUGCCGGAGAAAUGGAAAAGGCCCAAUAUGUGUUUGACCUUCUUGUCAGCAGAGGGCUAAGUGCUGAUAUGAUGACAUACACAAUGAUGAUAAAUGGUUAUUGCAGGGUCAAUUGCGAGAGAGAGGCAUGUACUCUUCUGUAUGAUAUGAAGAAUAAAGGGCUUGAACCAGAUAUUAUCACAUACACAGUUUUGCUCGACGGGGCCUUGAAAAUAAGGUCCAGGAAGAAGGCUAUGGGAAUCAGCAGCAAUAAUGCGGAACAUUCAAUACUUCUGAAUGAACUAAAGGGAAUGGAUAUAACGCCUGAUGCUGUUACUUAUACUGUUUUGAUAGACGAUCGCUGCAAAACAAAUAAGUUCAAGGAUGCUGUAACACUUUUCCAAGAGAUGAUUGAUAGAGGGCUACAACCUGACACUGUUACAUACACGGCUCUUUUGUGUGGAUACUUUCAUGUUGGAGAUGUAGCUGGUGCUACAGCUCUUCGUGACAAAAUGUUUGAUAAUCAAUUACGGCCUGAUGACAUUUUCAAGUCUGCGUGGAACCAUGGUAUUUUGAAAGACUUGAAAUGGGAGGCAAUUGCAGUUGACAGGUUGCCUGUGAUGAUUCUCAUAUUGCAGAUUAAUGCACGACUUCAAGGAUUCUCUCUUGCACAAGAGCUCGCCCCUUCUUUAAUGAGAGAAGUGAGCAAGGUGGACAAGUUGGAGGAUUUGUGUAGGAGGGCCACGCAUUGCAAUCUCGUAGUGAUGAAGGAAUUGCAAUUCAAUGAAGAAAAACCAUUUGAUCCUUAUGGUCAAGUUCCCAGAUCACGGAACCAAAUGGCACUGACCAACGGUUACCUGGCAAUGGUAGUUGCUGCACAUCUUUACUCGAAUAUGCUGUAUGAUUUGAAGAGAGUUGGAUACAAGUACUGCUUUGCACCAGCUUCUGUUGGCAUUUUGUUAUGCUCGGAAUCAACUAUAAGCAACGACGUCAUCAUUGUGUUGCAGAGUCAAAUAAACAAGGGUCUGAUUGCAUCCGGGCCGAAAACCAUCACCAGCAGUAGCAGCAACCCUUUACCAGGGACAGUAGCAUUAGCAUCUUGGGAGACCGCCAACUCUGGAGUUUAG